GGUAGGUCCAUGGUCCAUCCAGCAUCAAUCAAUUGUGCACGACCUACGGAUGUCUGACGGGUGUGAUCUUACACAGCAUUGCGUCGGUGUAUGUGUCGGAACGACUGCCACUCCUUUACCCGGUGAUUCUCUACAGUCGAACAUCGAUCUCGCAAUCGCCUUGCCCGUUGCUCCACACAUCUGUCCAACACCACAAUGAAUCGAUUUCGCAAGACUAAGAAGGAGAAGGUGAAGGAAGAUGGCGAAGGUCCCGAAAGCAGCUCCGUCAGUCUCAGCUCUAUGCUAUCGAAGAAGACCAAGAAGGAGGAACCCGAGGAGAAACAGGACUUCGACCUUUCCAGUGCAUUGCCCUCGACUGAUGACUUUCGCACCAGUCUUCUGAUGCCCAAGUUAUCGGCACGAUUCAGCAUGCUAAGAGAGCAAGAUGACCCCGAGUCAAUUAUCGGCAAAGCUAGCGACGACAGCGUUCUCUUCCCUAGACGUGCCUCGCGUCUGAACCUCUUUGGCCACAAUCCAGGCUUGUUGGCCGAUAUCGAUGAAGUCUCUCUCGACAGCCGUCGGCCAUCCAUGGCUCUCGGGCGCACACACUCACUUGCAUCGGAUAACAACGGCUAUGGCACGGACGACGACCGCUCCCAACAAGGGAGCAUCAUGAGCAGGGCUCGUCGGACUGAAGGAAACAACUUGUUCGGUGGACGGCAAAAGGUGUACAAAAUUCCCUCCAAGACGACAUCCUCAACAGGAGAAUCGAACUCUGGGCGCAUGGGUGGCCGGGCGCUCUAUGAGCACGAUCUGACCAUGUCGGCUUUUCAACGACUAAAGUUAAAUGAGCGCGAAGAGGCGGCGAUGGAUGAGACACAGCAGGAUAGCCCCUCUCAGGAGUCAGAAGACGCACUGUCCAAUUUUGGCUCCACGAAGCGGACGACCUUCUCUUCGACUGCGUCUGGGCCUACGUCGAAUGCCCGUACAUCAACUGCGGCGACAUCUUUCGAUGAGCAGUCGUUCAUUGCGCCCACGUCGCAAUUGGAGACACAUGUUUCCUCGUCCAAACCACCGUUACCCGGCAUGGCCCCAGAGCGUGGCUCGGUCAAAUCCCGCCGGCUUUACGGACAAGGAUUGGCGCAAUCGGCUCAGAACCAGCAGACAUCGACCUUGCAACGACUAGAAAGUCUUAGCCGCCAGCGCGCAGCAGCCCCAGAGUUGCCUCCCCUGAGCCGCGCUUUUUCUAGAAGCGCCACGAACUUACGCGACAGAUUGCAGCCACUCACCAUUGCCGAACCCGCCGCCACUUCCCGGCCGACCAGCCCUCCAUCGGUGCCCAGGUCGCCAGAACACUCGACCAGGCUCAAUCCCAGGGAACCGCAAACUCAAGCGAGGUCUGCGUACGGAGCCCCUCCGCUGAGCCCCCCGGCUAGCGAGCAUGAAGAUAAAGCCCCCUUGAUGGCCGCUCUACACCCCGAAGACCUCGGGAAAGCCACAGCAUUAGGCCUGUUUAACAAACCCAGCAGCAUGUUUGACGAAAGUCAGUUCACACGUCGUCAAGUACAGAUGCACCAGGGAAGGGACACGCCACCCUUGACGCGACUUCCACCGCUCCCCGCUCAGGCUAUUCCCCAGGAGCACGCUGGCCGUGCAAGAGGGCUAUCCAACACGAGCUAUGUGUCCAGACCAGGCUCUGCAUCUUCUCAUUAUAGCGAGGCCCAACGCCCAGGGAGCCGGUCCGUUGUCCACGCCUCACCUUCAAGAAAUCCCGACGGAACGUUUUUCUCAAACAUCAGUCCCAGUGACUCCGAGGAUGACAGCGGUGCUUCGCGCUACACCACGGACGAGAUUCAUCCUGCUCUUCGGCCCGAAACCCCUUCCAAGCCAUCUACGCCCACUAGCGAACACCGGAGUCCUCUGCCUGAAGUUCGAUACUCGGACCUUGGGGAUCUGAAGCCUAUCGCGGAACACGAUAUUGUCGAGAACCGGCCCGAGCAUGAUGAUCUUCCUGAGAAGCCGGAUUCUCCCACCCUGGGACCGGCCGGCCUGGGUCUCAGCGGCCUCGUCCGCACUCAUCUACGAUGCAACAGCGAUAGGUCGUCCAUUUACCCUCCUCCUUCUCCAGGCCUCCCCCCGAAGCCCACCGAAGCUGAGACACCAGAAGAACCCGCUCUACAGCACCACACGGGCGCGCAAAACAGUUCAAACUGGCAGAGUGAGCUUGUAUCAAGACAUAGACGUGAAGGGAGCACCGAGACACAGAGGGAACGCGAAGAAUUUGCCAACGAGCUGGCAGAGAGACGGCGGAAGGUGCAGGAGAAGCUUCGGGGAUUUGCAGAGGGCGAGAGCCGGUCAGCCAGUCCGGUCUCAGGCCGUCAGACUCCGGAUUUCACCCCCAGCAAACCCGGCAAUGCCUUUUCCUUUCUGAAAAACAAGUCAAGCAAGCAGCAUCUGUUCAACCGACAGGAGCAGAAGAAUGCGAGGGGCUUGAACCUGGCCAAUGCAUCUACUCCUGCUUUGGUGUCGGAAGACUCGUGGCGUGAAGAGGAGGAGCGGCCAUCGUUCAAUUUCGCAAAGCACGCCAACUCGAGCUCUCCCCAUGUCGCGACUGAGAGGUCCUUCCGGUCUAAGAUGUCCGUGUUCGGACGCAGCAGCCAGGAGGAUUCACGCGAGUCCAGCCGGAGCCGCGGUGCCUCUCCACACUCCAGCUUCCGUUCUCGCCGAGAUCGCUCAACCUCGGAUGCGUCUGGCCGUUCCAAGAGUCGCACGCGACGAGACCGCGAGGGUCUAGAAACCCUCGAAGAGGUCGCUCACGGUGCCCAUAAGCCAUUCGCAUUCCCCGAUUAUGACCACCACGGUUUGGCUUCCGUCCCUUCUUCCACCCGCGCCUCUGCCGAGGUCAUGGAGCCGGUCAUGUACGAUCGGUCUUCCUCUGCCGCGUCUGGAAGGUAUCGCAGUGAUAGUCGAUCGGCUGUGUCGAGCUUCCACGAGCGCCCCUUCUAUCCUCCAGCUCCAGCUGCCAGCACGACCUCGCUGAUCGGUGCUGCCCCACGGCCUUCCCCCAUCGCUCCUUAUUCCGCAAAUGCCACACCACCCUUGGAAGACAUGUCUCAGGGCCACUCCCUCACCCCAGUGCCUACCAACAGCAGUACCAACACCGCGCCUCCCCAGCGUGCUCUGGGAAACAACGGUCUUCAGAAGCGGAUGGUCAGCAAGGCGCUGAUCUCCGAACCCCGGUUCGUCUCCUGCACCUCGAAUGUCCCAACGGUUGGCCUUCCUCCCGGUGCAAGCUUGAGCAACGGCAUGCAAACGCCACCGAUCCCGCCUAUGAACCCUCGCCGUCGCCGUCAGACUACCACGCAGACCAUCCUCGGUGCCCUGAAGGGCGAAAGACACGAGUCGCAGUAUGCUCCGUCUCUGGAUGCCGCCAUGAUGGAAGAAAUAAGCAAUUUCUCCGAUGAUGGCGAGAAGCGGCCCCGAUCCCGAGCCCGGCUGCGCAAGACGUCUAGCGAGGGGGGCAACCUGAAUGCAAAGGCUCGACAGCAGCUUCAGCAGCUCAUGGCAGAGGCGCCCCCUGCCGUUCCUUCUUAUCCCCCGCCAAAGAUCCCCAUGGAUGGCGGGAUGUUCUAAUCCUUCCUCCAAACCCCUCAUUCGAUCCUUUUUCACUCAGCCCUUCCUUCACAUUUCCUUUUCCUUUUUUCCUUCCUUCAUUACCGUUCUCCGACCAUGAUGUAUUACUCGAUGUCCUGAACCAGCAUUCUGCAUUCUAAUGUUCGAUACCUCUCGUUUGGAAUUCUCGCAUACAUCAUGAUAUACCAACAGCGUUACGUUGAGCGGACAGGACAUGACUGUCAUCUUUUUCCUAUGCUUGUGUGAUCCAUUCUUUCUGUCUAGCGAUUUCAUUGUGUUAUAUCCAGAUUAGAAGACUCCUAUAAUCAGAUAGGUAAUAAGCAGAAAAUUGACCAUAAUUCGUUCCCU